AUGUGGCUCGAUCGUAAGGACUCGAAUGGCGAGACGGCCCUCAUGGUGGCUACCAAGCACGACCGAUUGCGAGAGAUGGACAUCCUCUUCGAUCAUGGAGCCAAUCCCAACACUGCUAAUCCACAAGGCGAAACGGCCCUCCACAUCGCGGUCAGCUCCGGCCGCGUCGACACCGUGCGCAAGCUCCUCGAGCGCGGUGCAGCCGUCAAGUACAUUCGCUCUCCCUUCGGCACACCGCGAGAGGUGGCCGUGAAGCACAACGCGCAAGACAUAGUCAACGUGCUCGACGCCAAGGGGAACGUCGGUGUGGGAGCCAAGCCACUGCCGGGACUCCCAGCGCGAGGAAUGAAGCCGGUCGUAAAGCCGCGAGCCCCCACUGCUGCCCCCACCACCAACUCUCCACCGGCCGCCCAGCCCACCCGCCCCUCCGCGGCAUCUAUGGCCUCGACGCCGUCCACGUCGACGUCGACGUCUCCGUCAUCGUUGUCGACAUCCGACGAGCGGCCGCUCUCGCCCGGGUCCGAGGGCCGACUGCGCAGCGCGACCGCCGCCGACGCGCGGCCUGUCAGCAGCUCCCUCCUCCGGCGCCCGCCGCCGCCACGCCCCGCGCGCCGCGAGUCCAACGCCGAUGUCCCGCCGAUCAACCUGUUCAACCGACCCGUGUCGCUCACCAGCGCGCCGAUGCCGGCCAUUCCCACCCUCAACACGGCCGCGGGCGCGGGUUCGUCGACUACCUACCCGUCGUGGCAGUCGACGUCGCCGCGCGGCGAGCGCGGCCAGGUGUCGCCGCGGGUCACGAUGCCGCCAGGCGCCAUAUCCGCCGUCGGUGGCGGCGGCUCGGCGUUGGGUCCGUCGUCGGCGUCCGCGGCGGAGUUGGCCCCAUUGCAGGCGACGCCGGCGGUGCGCGCGGCGACCCUCCACACGUUCGUGGCGGCCACCAAGGAGUACAAGGAGCAGUUCCUCAACGAAAUGAAGCAACAGAUGUCCAACUGGCACGUCGCCCAGUCCAGGGAAAGGGAAAAGGGAGGCGGAGCGACGUCGAUGGAUCAGUUCCGUGGGGUGACCUUUCAAAUUUUGUUCACCGUGCCCGUCGCCUCCACCAAGGAGAAGGAAUUCACCGCGUAUGUGGUGGACAUGAAGACGCAGAAGGGCACGAUCACCAUCAUGAAGCGCUACCGCCAGUUCCUCGAUCUCCACCACCGGUUGCAAAACCACUACAAGGCUUCAGUGAUACCCAAGUUCCCCAAGAAGCGCUACCUCGGCAACAACACCUCACACAAGUUCAUCCAGAAGCGCUGUCAGAAGAUCGGCCAGUACCUCAACGAGAUGAUGCAGCUGCCGGGCAUUCUCGACAUCGAAGAGGUGAAGACGUUCCUGACGACGUCGCUGAGUGCCAAGGGCGAGGAGGAGCUGGUGGGCAAGCAGGACGAGAGCGACCAGGAGAAGGCCCAGUUCAUCGAGAGCAUCGCCCCCAAGGAGAAGAAGGAGGAGUCCGCCGGCGUCGCGGGCCUCGGCCAGGUCACGCGCGCGCAGACGAGCCUCAGCAUUAUUCUCAAGGCCUCGCCCAUCAGCGGCCCCGGCGGCCUGUCGCCCCGCGGCGGCGGCGUCGAGGCCAAGUCGCCCCGUGCCGGCGCCACCGCAAAGUCGCCCCGAGGCGCCACAGGUGGGGUCAGCCCGCGACCAGGCCUGACAAAGAGCGAAAGCGAAGCGACAACGCCAGCGGCGGCGGCAAAUAGCGAAAGAGAAAGCGAAAGCGGCAGCGAAUCGACGGCGACGGCCACGACGCCGAUGACCACGACCGAGGUGGCGGUGGUGGCGGAGCAGCUGGCCAAGGCGAUGGCCCUGUACGAGUUUGUGCCGCAGAGCCCGAAGGAGCUGGCGCUCAAGGCUGAUGACGUGAUCGUCGUGCACGAUCGCGAGGGCGACGCGUGGUGGUUCGGCACGGUCGACGGCACCACCUUUGGCUACUUCCCCAACAACUACGUACGCCUCCUGCCCGAAGCCGAGUGGUGA